AUGGAAAAAGAAAAUGUAACUUCAUUGACAGAGUUUGUUCUCAUUGGACUUACACAACAACCGGAGUGGAAAAUUCCCCUGUUCCUGCUGUUCCUGGUGAUAUAUCUCAUGACCAUUAUGGGGAACCUCAGUCUGAUUAGUGUCAUCUGGUAUGACCCUCACCUGCACAUACCCAUGUACUUAUUCCUUGGGAAUUUAGCUUUUGUAGACACUUGGAUAUCAUCUACAGUGACACCCAAACUGCUGGUCACAUUGUUAGUCAAAGACAACAUGACAUCUCUCCUUGAAUGUUUGACACAGUUUUUUUCCUUUGGAUUCAGUGCAACUGUAGAAUGUUUUCUCUUGACAGCAAUGGCUUAUGAUCGCUAUGUGGCCAUAUGCAAACCUCUACAUUACCCAGUGAUUAUGACCAAUAGGCUAUGCAUCCAGAUAAUUGUGCUGACGUUUAUAGCAGGAUUUCUUCAUGCCAUAAUUCACCAGCAUUUUUUAGUCAAAAUAAAUUUCUGUGCUUCCAAAAUAUAUCACUUUUAUUGUGAUAUUUUGCCUUUAUUAAAGAAUUCUUGUACUUAUCCUUCAGUUAAUUUUAUGCUGGUAUAUUUUUUGGCUGGCUCAGUUCAAGGAUUCAGCUUUGUGACUGUUCUUGCCUCUUAUACUUUGGUUAUCUUUGCAAUCUUAAAAAAGAAGUCCAUCAAAGACAUAAAGAAAGCCUUCUCCACCUGCGGAGCCCAUCUCUUAUCUGUGUCUUUAUACUUUGGUACUCUUCUUAUCAUGUAUGUGCGCCCUGCCUCUUCUCAGAGAGAUGAGGAGGACAUGAUAGACUCUCUAUUUUACACUGUCAUAAUUCCUGUGCUAAAUCCCAUUAUCUACAGUCUGAGAAAUAAGCAAGUCAUAAACUCACUGAGAAAACAAUGGAAAGGAAAUGUUUAG